AGGGAAGUGGAGGCAGUGAAAAGCGCCGCAGUGUGCUCGCUGCUGUCAGUCUGUCCCAGUGAGAGGUGACGGCAGGGUAUCAGGGAGCUCCUCCAGUCCGACACUAUGGCAUCUGUUCAAACCUCCUCCAGCAGACCCUACCACCUGGUCAUCUUCGGAGCCUCCGGCUUCACGGGGCAGUACGUUGUGGAGGAGGUGGCUCGGACCGUGUCCGAGGGUCCGGGGGGCAACUUGAAGUGGGCCGUGGCAGGCAGGAGCAAGCAGAAGCUGGAAAAAGUUCUGGAGCAGGCCGCUGGAGCCCUCAGCAAGCCUGAGCUGAGGACAGAGGUGGACAUCAUUGUGGCAGAUGUGCAAGAGCCAGACUCUCUGGCAGCCAUGUGCAAACAGGCUGUGAUUGUUCUGAGCUGUGUGGGGCCUUACAGAUUCUACGGCGAGCCGGUGGUCAAAGCUUGUGUGGAAAACGGAGCCCACUGCAUCGACAUCAGUGGAGAGCCACAGUUUCUGGAGAGCAUGCAGUUAAACUACAACAACCAGGCAGCUGACAAAGGGGUGUAUGUCAUCGGGAGCUGUGGGUUUGACUCCAUCCCUGCUGACCUGGGAGUCAUCUACACCAGAGACCAGUUUAAAGGCACACUGACUGCAGUGGAGAGCUUCCUGAAUUUCAAUGCAGGAUCUGAAGGCGCCAGUAUCCAUGAUGGCACUUGGCAGUCGGCCGUCUACGGUUUUGCAGACAGCCAGAAGCUCCAGAGUCUGAGGAGGAAGUUUAAUCACAAGCCUCUUCCCACUGCUGGCUCCAAGCUGAAACGCAGAGGAGCGUUGUUCUUCAGUAAUGAGAUCCAGCAGUACUCUGUGCCCUUCAUGGGAUCUGAUCCUUCUGUUGUGAAGAGAAGUCAGCGCUUCCUGGCAGAGGAAUAUCAAUCAACGCCGGUCCAGUAUGGUGCUUACGUCGGGGUCGGAGGCCUCGGGAGUGUGAUCAAGCUGAUAUUUGCCGGCAUGAUGUUCUGGCUCUUGGUCAAGUUCAGUUUUGGACGUAGCCUGCUCACUAAGUACCCCGAAUUCUUCUCCUUUGGAGCCGUCUCAAAAGCAGGACCAACAAGAAAGCAGAUGGAGGCCUCAUCGUUCCAGCUCGCCUUAUAUGGAGAGGGCUACACAGAGGACCAGGACCCCUCCAAGGGAAAACCCAACGCCAAGAUCCGCACGCUGGUUCAGGGACCAGAGGCUGGAUAUGUGGCCACGCCCAUCACAAUGGUGCAGUCUGCUCUGACCAUCCUCAACGAAUCCCCUGCUUUACCCCAGAAGGGAGGAGUUUACUCUCCAGGAGCGGCGUUUGCCAAAACCACAUUAAUCGACCGCCUCAACAAGCACGGCGUCCAGUUCUCUGUCGUAUAAAGGUCGUACCUUCCCUGACGCCGUACUCCAAGUGUUUGUGAGCUCUCAUCAGUUUGCAGAAUAACAGCUGGGAAGUUUCCAACUUCAGAAAAAAGCAAGGAUAAGACCAGAUCCUAUUGAUGGUAUUUUGAGCUUUUCUUCCUUUUCAUGUAGUCAGAAAUUUCCCAACCUCUUCCGUCGCCCUGAAUGUAUCGUUAACAUUCUGCCUGUAAAACACACGGUACAUUUAAAGACGGCAAAAUAACUGGUCUGUGGUAACAAAGUUUGUGCAUGGUCUGCCAAUAACAUCAUAUUAAUGUUUACUAUCAGCACUCUCUGGCUUACCUCCUGCUGCUUAACACUGCAAUAAAUGGCAACUUGUGUGAAAUCAAAUUGGAAAUUGUUGAUUAAUAUUCGCCGUGUGGCAGCUGAGCUUUAACGUAAACAAGACAAAGGUUUUUGCAUUUAGUCAUUUCUAAUCCUGCUGUAUCUGCAACUGCAACACUAAAUCAGUCGUGUGGUUCAUUUCAGACUCUACCUUCCAUUGCUGUCCGCUGUAGAAGAGAACAUUUUCAUGGUUCUUCUUGCUGUGAUUUGUGUGAUUGCAAAGAAAACAAUGUCAGAGGAAGAGGGUACUGUGGAUGUGGUGAACUGUAGGGAGACCAAACUUUUUUUUUUCUUUUUUUUUAUAAAGACCAUAGCAUUGUAGGUACAAGGAUAUCGUCAACACUAAAGCAUCUCAUGUCAUCAAACAUGUGCAGCUUUAGUUGAAUGUUUUGAUGGCCAGUCCUUAGAAAUUUUUGCUUCAACACCUCCGUGGAAAAUGCAUCCGAUUGCUUGUGUCCCAUGCCGGCGUGUGUUCCUGUGUGAAACCGAACAGGUCCUCUCUGCUGCUCCACACAGCGGGUGAAACAUGCAACUUUUUGGAUCAGCAAAAAGCUUUUGACAUUCUCAAGGCCAUGAAACAGUUUAUCCACAAAGUAAAAAUGCUGACUUCGGAGGGGUUUUUUUUCCAUGUUUGACUGUUUUUCUGCACGUGAUAAGAUGUGUUUGGGGAUUUUCUCCUGGUGAUUUGCUUCAGGUGGGCCUCAUGAAUAAAAACCGAUCUGACAAUA